AUGACUUCAGAAAUUCCUUUAUUGCUCGGCCUUCCUCGAGACCGAUGGACUCUCAACCUUUUAAGGGGCACUAUUCAGGAGUUGGCCAGAGAGAAUUACCGUAUCGAGCUACAUCGGCUAGGGGAAGCGAGACCGGUCCUUAUGAGUCGGCUGGACAACCUACUGGACAGACUUAGACCAGAUACUGUCAAUAUGCUCACCGAAAGACAUAGGCAAAGAAACUGGCGUCAGGAAGAUAUCGUCAGAAAUAGACGUGCUGCACGACCUAUUGCUAGAAGAGUAGUACGUCGUCGUCGUCGUGUCGCAGUUAGAGCCAACAGACUUCAACCGCGAAUCAGAUUGAACCUUAGAAAUAAGGAACCGCCUCUACCAGCAGGGGCUGGGGUACUGAACAACGCGAUGCAGAAUCCUUGCGCACAAUCGGAGCUGUCUCUAGACGCACAGGCAGCGCGCACUUCACAAAUACUACGGGCUGUUAGCGGACUUGUCGAACAACUUAGGGAACGCAUCUCGGAGUUGGAGGCGAUGAAUGAUAGAUUGACGACCCAGUCUGCUUCUGCAGCCACGGCACGAGGAAUAGAGGCUGAUGGAUUGAUGGGACGUAUUUCAUAG